AUGCCCCCCCAUCUCACAUGCGAUCCCGCGCCGCCAAUGUCAUCCACUCUACACCAUGAGUGCACUCGCGUUCCCGUGACGGCAUUGGCCUCUUGCGCCUCACUGUUGAUCGCCGCAGAGGGCCCCUUUCUGCGCUUCUACCAUGCCAAGGGCUCGCGAUACAUCACCUCGCAGCGCGUCUUCAAGGCCCAGGCGGUUCAUGGAAUACGUGUCUGUUCCGAAGAGCAUGUUCAAGUCGUCCGGCUCGUUAUCUGGGGAGGGCGGCUUGUGCGUGCCCUUGAUAUCAAUGCUGCAGCUAAUGGACGCUUGACCAUUUGCUCGUCCAACGUCGCAAAAGCCUCGGAUUGGAUUUUUGACCUUGCCCUCAGGCCAAGCAGCUUGGAUGAUGACGCACAGCAUCAUAAAAUAACAUGUGUUGCCGUUACCGCUCACAAUGCCCUGCUGCAAGUAACAAUUCAGCACCAAGAUACAGACACAGCUUUGGGAAAUGAACUCAUCUCCGCAUGCAUAUCAGAUUUGACAUCAAGCUCGCGAUCUAUCCUUUACUCGGCUCAUCUAUUCUGGGAGGACCCGAACCGAGUCCUUGUCGCUGCUGGUACAGCGUUUGGCGAGAUCAUCUACUGGUCAUGGUGUGACGACCAAGAUGGCGGCCCAACAUCUCAAAUUCACCGCGUUUUUCUCGGUCAUGAGGGUUCAAUCUUUGGCGUCCAGAUUUCCGAGGAGCUUCCGACCGAGUGCUGCCAGAAACUGAAGCGGGUGGUCGCAAGCUGUAGUGAUGAUCGAACAAUCCGGAUAUGGGACGUUUCGGACAUCAACACCAACACCGCCACAGCAAAAGCACAGGAUGACGAGACUGAAGUUUUAAGGACACGCCAUACUGGGUUCAGCAACGAGGCCUUUGAUGCACAUGAGCUUAGAGACUCCAAUUGUUUAGCUAUUGGUUGGGGUCAUCUCUCACGGGUCUGGACAGUACGUUUCCUUGAGGCUUCUCUGUGUAACGGGUCGCUCUUACUUCAGUCAGCUGGAGAAGAUGCCACUGCGAGGACUUGGGAGCUUACGCCAAACUGGGGAGACAAACAAAAUCUUCCUUACAAGCUGUUAGAGCUAGACUGUGCUGCACAUCACAGCGGCAAGAACAUGUGGUCUUCAAUCAUUUCUCAAAACUCCACAGGACUACAGCAAGUAACAGCAGGAGGUGCUGACAGCAAGAUUACCGCCACGCCGUUACCUCGCGGUUUGCAGGCCGAAAAGAAUGCGUCUAGUGGUGUUACCGAGUAUACAGUGAACGAUAUACUUUCCUGGGCUCAGUCUGCUGUUUCUGGUCUUCCUACUACUGCACAAACGGGCACCCAAAAGUCUUCGAAAAAGGGAGAUUUUUUCAGAAGCUAUUGCUUUGUAGAUGAAAACACAUUCCUGCUUACGACUAACGCUGGCAAAGUGGUAGUUGCAUCUCUGGCGUCUGACUCUGGGCAAAAUAAUACGGGCAUACUCUCAGGCUCUACUCUUCUUGGACAACCAGAAGACCUCUCUGGUUACUCAGUAUGUGCGAGUAGCUCCCGUCCCGGUGUUGCAUUCGUUGCAGGUGCGAACGGUAGCCUCUACCUAUAUCGCAAGGAUGCUGCAACUUUGACAAAGCUGUAUGCCAUGGGCAGCAAGGUGGGGGAGAUAUUCGCCGCGGAUGUGGGAGGAUCAAGCUCUCUAGAGGUAACAGCCCUACUCGUAACACUUGCGGGACAGGGUAAAGCGCAGUUGUUGUACGUGGAUCCUACCCAUGAUGCGGCUAUAUCAAACCACGUACACGUACCCAUAGUGGAAUCUUCAACUGGUUCUGUAGUUACGAGCAUGGCUCAUCUAAGAGCUUCUGGCAAAAUCUUCAUGGCAGUCGGGUUUCGACGCGGAUCGAUUGCUUUGUACAGCGUCGAUACGGAUGAAGGCCAAGCUACAAUGCUCAGGGUCAUCGAAAACGUGCACAGUGGUGAGACAGUCACUUCUCUUGCAUGGAAUAGCUCACUUGUAGAGUCAUCGCAAACCCAGUUGUACUCGGUUGGGCGAGAUGGACGUCUGACCGUGCAUGACAUGGAUUUGUCUACAGGUUCUGUCACAUUGGUGCACAACCUUGCAUUGCCAUUUGGGCCCAACCUUGAAGGUCUUUACAUGCAGGAAGAUCGCCUUCUGGUGCAUGGCUUCUCGAGCAAGAAAUGGUCUCUCUAUGACAUUACUACUGAAGAAGAGGUCAUGAGCAUCGAUACAGGAGGUGCACACAGGAGCUGGGCAUUUCACCCGCACUCGACUCUGGGAGGUACUCUCGUAUGGACCAGAGCAUCUAGCAUGCAUGUUUAUAGCCAGAGUGGCAUGAACCAUACAGUCAUUCGGUCUGGUGGCCAUGGACGUGAAAUCAAAGCGGUUGCAGCAUCGCCGAAACACGAUACAAGACUUCGAAGUUGUCUCAUUGCUACUGGGGCCGAGGACACCGACAUUAAGCUAUUCCAAUACGUCGACAAGAACCUCAUUUGCCGAAGAACGCUCCGUAAACACACAACUGGUAUCCAGCACCUGCAAUGGUCGGCGGACGGUGAUUACUUGUUCAGCAGCGGCGGUUGCGAAGAAUUCUAUGUAUGGCGAAUCCGAGACUUGCCAUCAUCGUCUCUCGACAUCGGUGUUGUUUGUGAGAGCGUAUAUACCCCAGAAAGCGAGCAUGCAGAUCUCAGAAUCAUGUCUUUUGACGUGAGCACGUACAGAACUGCUCAUAUCAUAACAAUGGUGUUUUCAGACUCCAGCAUCAAGACAUACCGGUACGAUACUGUAGCUGCCUCAAAGUGGGUACCUCUUGCAAAGGGUCUUUACUUCACAUCAUGCCUCACACAAUGCGUGUAUUUGUCCGCAACUAGAGUCUUGACGGCUGGUACAGACGGUCAUGCUGUCACAUGGCCACUUCCGGAAACUGAUGGCGCAUCUGCCAAAUCGCCGAAUGAAGUCUCCGAACUGACCUGGCAUCAUCCGGCGAAAAUACAUCAAAACUCUUCCAAAGUCAUGACCUCUCAAACCCUGGACAACGACAUGACGCUUAUUGUAUCUGGUGGAGACGACGGCAGUCUAGCAUUCUUACUCACACGACUUACGCCUGCACUUUCAGCUUCGCCUGUUAGUUCAUACGUCUCCCCUCCAAUAAUCGUUAGCCGCACACAUGCUUCAGCUGUCACGGCGUGUGCAAUAUUUGGACAAGAGCCACAGCUCAGGCUUCUCACAGCUGGAAACGACGAAUGGAUUAGGCAAUGGGACAUCACACUGCAAAGUGCAGGCCAGGAAGGCAGGGAUAACAGUUUACUUACAACUGAAGACACUCUGAGUGUUCGGAGGUUGCACAAGAUCAAGACAAACGUCGCGGAUGUGUCCAGCAUGGCCGUAUUGGAUGCAGGCGACGGGGCUGCUGAUGCACGGAUCCUGAUAUGCGGUGUUGGUAUGGAGGUCAUACGCGUGACGAAUGUAAACAACAAAGCUGCAGCAUAA